UCCAGAUGCCUUGCUUGUUGUUGUGUAUUGCUAUGCUCAGGCUAUAUGCCGAAAAUGUUUGGAAUCUUCAAGAAGAGACGUGUGCACAUUUAACCUUUAAGUACCCCCAUCUGAUAUGGGCAUUUUCAUCAGAUCAUCGCCGUGUGAUAUUUCCUUACAUGAAUCGCCAUUGGUGUUCGCCUUGUGUCAAAGUCCAAGUCCUGGAAAUGAACUUUUCCACCCCUGGUGACGUGUAGCAACGAGACUCAAUUACAUCAGUCUCAGAAGGUAGAACUAGCUGUGCAAGUUAACAUGUUUAUAGAGAAGGCACUUCUUCACAUCUACAAGCCUCAAAGAAAAUGGCUGUUAAGAGCUGAAAGUUUAAGUGUAAUUUGUCUAUCAAAACACAGGCGAGCAACUUAACAGACCCUGGAAAGGGCAUGAAUGUGCGGCAUGGUAAAAGUAAUGCUAGUACAAACUUCUGGAAGAUAUUUAUUUUGGAACCUCGUAAAAUCAGUUCUUUAUCUGAGGCCAUGAUAAAUUUUCCUAAACUUAAACAGUACGUGGUGAAGGGUUUCAAAUGAAACUUUCGGUGGAGCGUAAAAACCGUUGAAACACGUCAGACAACUAAGAGCUUGGGCUUACUCAAAGAACAAGCUAGACCAACUCGUUGUUUUUGUCAGAUGAAGAGACAAAUUGGUGAUUCCAGAGGCAGACAGACAACCAAACAGACAUGUGUAUCAUUCUCACCAACGCGUUCCACAACAUAUAUUAAACUUUGAGCGAUUAAGUUCAUGUGGAGACAGAACCGAAUUGAGAAACAUUAGGCUAUGCUGAUCCGUGGAGACAGAACGAGGAAAGACACGUAAGAUUUGCGUUAGCUGAGCUUAUUCCUACGUAGAGGAGUUACCACGUCAGGCAAAGAAAUUGAUAGUAUGGAUUUCCUCUUCAAGAAUAGAUCACCUGAAAAUCUCUCGGGCAAAAGAAAAGACAAGAAGCUUAAAAAAAGGACAUCCUCAGCUAUGUCUCCUGGGCUUGAUAAAACUCUAGAUGAUAGCUUCGAGGGAAAUACUCACGGAAAAAAGAAAAAGAAGAGUGGUGCCUUGUCUGCUAUGGGAGUGAUGAGCCCAAACUCUGGAGAUGUAUUUGAAAAUAAGAAACACAGCAAGAAGAAUAGUCUAUCAUCAGCUGCUCCUGAGCUGAGUGAAAGCUUUGUAGAAUUAGGAGGUAAACUUCAAGAAAAGAAAAAGAAGCAAAAGAAGAAGCUUUUAUCUGCAUUGGAUACAGAGCUGAAUGAAAGUGUUUUAGAUGCUACUGAAGGGAAGAAGAAGAAGAAGAAAAGAAGUUCAAUCCCUGAUGAAAUUGGUCUUUCACAGGAAUCUUUAGUUAACAUGGCAGGUUCACCCCCAAAGCGGAAGAAAAAGAAGUCAGAAGGUCAGGAAAAUCUAAGUAUGUCUGAGACUCAGGAGGGUGGCCUAGAUUCUCCAUUCAAGCACAGACCUGAUAUUACCCCAAAACAUAAAAAGAAGAAAGGUAAAGUGGAUGAAGUCACUGAUAGUGUAAAAUCUCCCAAGGAAGAAGUCUACAAAAGUUCACCCCUGAAUGUUAAAAAAAGUAAUAAAAAAGCAAGAUUAAGUUUACAUGGAAAAGAAUCAAGCAACUUAGAAGGAACACCUAAGAAGAAUGGAUAUGUUGAAAGUAAUGAACAGUGUUGGGCUGUGGAAGAAGAACUCUCGCUGAUUGACAGCGUACUUGGUAAUUUAGAUCCUAAAGAUAACGCACCAUUUAGAACAACGCUCCGUAAAAUAGACUGGAAAAGUGUUGCGAUAAAAGGCAGAACUCCAAGAGACUGCAGCGAUAUGUUAAAUAUAAUGAUUAGCAAGAUUUCAAAAUAUAAAACAUUGGCAAUGAUUCUUCAAGAAGCUAAGGAAGAAGUGUCAGAUAGUUCUUCAAGACUUAGGAGAAUAUUACCUCCAAGAUUAAGGUUCAUCCACAAAUACUGUAAAAAACACAAGUCUGAGGCGCCUUCCAGCGUACUUCGUUCAAAGGCUUCUACUGCCUGGUUAGAGUUAUCUGGGAAAGAAAAAAAACGCUAUGAACUUGAGUAUGCAAAGGAAGUUGAAGAAAUUAAAAAGACCCUCGAUUUACCUCCUGGUUCACCUAGAGGACCUUUUGAACUAUAUUAUGCCAGUGAAAUAGAGAAAGGAGGCUCAAAAGGAAUGGAACUCAAAAACAAAUGCAGAAAGUUGUUUAGUGAUAUGAAGAUUGAAGAGAAAAGUCAGUAUAUUCAUGAAUCUUGUCAAGAAGCAUCAAGGUGUAUAUCUGAGUACAAGUCAUAUAAGGAAUCACACCCAGACUUUGACAAACCAAUGCCUAAAAUCAGUGGGCGCAAAUUGUACAAGGAAUAUUUUGAAUUUUUAGGCAUGCCUAAAUGUUUAAAUAGUGUAGUUGGAAUUUUCUUUGACGAAAUGAAUAGGAAAGGAAAACUUGAUCAUGUUGAUGCAAAAAAUAAGUUGGUAACUGCAAAUGUAAUGUUCGGUAGUUUAUCUGAUGAAGAAAAAACAAAAUACAAAAUAAAAUGUAGAAAAGCAUUGCUACGCUACAAUCAAUUGUAUGAUGAGUGGAAAGAAAGUCUUAAUAGUGAUGUAGCAUUGGUUUUGGAAACAUAUUUUGAAAAUAAACCUAAGGGACAGGAAGGACAAUUUGGAGCUAAUCAUACGGUUGAAGUAAGCAUGGCAAAGCCAAAAUUUAAUGAUGAGCCUGAAAAACCAGCACCUACUCCUUUCAGAUUAUUUGGUAUCAAGUUUAGAAAACAAAGGAAAGACAAAUAUAGUAGCACAAAGGAAAUGGAAAAAGCUUGCGCUGCAGCUUGGAAAUCCUUACCAGCAGAGUCACAUUCAAAAUAUCUUGAGAGAUGUCAAGAAAAUCGGGAAAUAUAUAAAGACAAUUUACUAGAGUACGUUAGAAAUUUAGGAGAUGUAGCAAAGGUGUACCUGGGUUUUAAAAGAAAAGAGCAUCACAGGUUUUUUAAAGAAGACAUUUUUGAAGAGGAAUUCCCAAUUAAGGAUUAUCCCAUUUAUGUCAUAGCAAAGAAAGAGGUUGGUACUCUUCAAGGAGUGGUCAAGUCAAGGGCAUUGAGUGAAGAAGGUAUCAAAGAACUAAAAGUAAUGGGAAUGGAACACAGCAAGGAAAGCUCUGAGAGUGGUGGUGAAUCUUCAGAUGAGGAUUCUUCUGUCAGUGAUCAUAAACUGGAGAAGAGUGUACCAAAACAAAAAGAGCUACAGAGAACCCCAGCCAAAGAAAGCAUUAGUGAUGAUGAGGAUGAUGAAUCUUCAGAUGAGGAUGCCUCUGACAGUGAUCAUGAACUGGAGAAGAGUCUACCAAAACAGGGAGGUCUACAGAGAACCCCAGCCAAAGAAAGCAGUAGUGAAGAUGAGGAUGAUGAUGGUGAUGAUGAUGAUGAUGAUGAUGAUGAUAAUUGCAAUGUUACACAGGCAUGGGAGUCACCAAAGAAGUCCAAUCAAAAUGAUGAUAAUGAAGAUGACGAUGAUGAUGAUGAGAGUGAAGAUGAUGAAGAUGACAGUGAAUGAUGAGAAUUGUAGAAAAGGAUUUUUUAAUGCAGAAGUCCCAUGAAAAGGCUGAUAAUGAAGAUGAAGACGACAGUGAAUGAUGAGAAUUGUAGAAAAAGGAUUUUUAAUGGUAAUUAACUGGAUAAAUCCUAAAUCCAUGAGAAUUACUUAUGGGUUGAUAUAGUUCCGAGUUUACUUAUUGACGUGGAAGUACAUACUUCAUGAUCUUGAUUUCAUUGACUUGAAAUGAACAUUGCACUUUUUUCCAUCAGUUACUACAUUUUAUGUAGUACAAUUUUUGAAGAAUAUUUUGCAUACCUAUCCAUUGGAAAUAAGUAAUGUAAUGGAAUUACAAACUUAAGCAAUUUUUGAAACAUUUUAAAAGUUUUUUUUAUAUCCAUUUCAUCAUUAUUGGCUGGUUUUUAAAAAUUAAUUUUAUAUUUUAUGUUGCUUGGUUUUCAAGAUUGUGAUUUUAGUGAGGUUCCCAGAUGGUCAAAUUGUUGGAGAUUUAAUGCUUCAUUGGUAUAUGAUUCCAUAACUUAUGCAUAGAGGACAGUAAUGCACCUAUGGCAAUAUUGCUUGUUUUUAGGUGUUAAGGUAAUCCACCAGUAUGUUGCAAAGAAAAUUCUGAUUUGAGACCGAAGGAUUGUUAGUUAUGAAAAAUACAAAUAUUAAAAAAUUUGUCUUAUUUGAUCAGCUAGCUAUAUUGUACUAAUUUCACUUGAGGCAUUCACAAAUAAUUACCGGAAUUCUAUAUAUCUCACACUACGAUUAAAAAUGAGGAUGCAGUGAUUUGACUUGAGUACAAAGAACAUUUACAUUUAAACAGUACAAAGCAUUAUACAUUAAACUUUGUUGGAUGUUAGGGAAGAAGAUAUUUGUACGAAAUAGAUUCUGAUCAGUUACACAGUGAGGAUCGUAGGGAAAGGCUGGUUCUGUGCAACGUAAAAACACCAUACAAGCAUCUUAGAGAAAGGGUACUUUAAUCCACUUUUUGAGUUAACGGGAAAGACAGCUUUUUAAAAAGAGUUGUAAUAUGUAGAUUGAAUACAAUAUGAUUCCAGAUAUAAUAGGAAGGUAGGGGUCACUAACAAAAUGCCAGCAUGACUAAAUUGUUAAAGGAAGAAUUGUAUUUGAUAGGCAGGUAGGGGUCAAGAAGUUUUAGACGUGGUAGCCAUAGUUACAACUGUAAGGUUUGAAAUUGGUUACAUUGUACCCAUUAUCAAAAACUGUGACCUAAAUAUUUAAGAGUUAUACUUACACUUUAUACUUUUAAAUAUCAUUAUGUUUUACUUUUAAAUAUCAUGAUGUUUUAUACUUUUAAAUAUCAUGAACAUCAUAAUGUGGAAUAUGGAAGAUUUACAGUACGUAUACUUACUCAGAUGCUGCAAAUCUUCAACAGAGUUAGGAUUUGAUGCUGUACUGUUGUAAAGUAAAUAAAUUUACUUAACAGUGCUUUGUUUUCGCAGUAGGUUUCCAAAACUUGACCUACCUUGUUGAUUAUGCUUCAGGCAUGUGCACAAAAGAUAUUUAACUCUAUAUUUGUACAAUUAGGGAUUGGAACGUGGGCCAUUUAUCAAUAUCUAAAACUUGCAACAUUGUUUGUAUGUCUGUCCUUUUGAUAUGAAUUCCACUUUCCAACAUGGCUUGUUUUGUUGUAAUUUGUUACUGUCAUUUUCAGUGCUCCAAAUAUUCUGCAAUUUAUUUAUUAUAAUAGAAAAUGUGAUCGAUAGCUUUGAGCAAUCCUGUCCUAGAGAACUCAGAUCUCCUAGCUGGAAUUUAACUCUGGUGUCCUGGUAUCCUCUAGCCUUACGAAGGCUCCUUAUGGACUGUUGCGACAGGCUACAGAUAGAAACUCUGCUCUCAAAGCUGUCGUCUUCCUGGCCCUAGCAUUUGGCAAAAAGAGUGCAUGGUCUGUCAUAUGAUGUAAAACACACCAGAGAUUGAAGGCUUUAGUUUUAUAAUUUAUUCCAGAAUUGGCCAAGACACAAAUCCAGCCAUUUUUUAUGACAGAUUUGUCUCCGUUUCUGUACCUUCUUUUGGAGACCAAAUAAUGACCCUGACAAAAUGUAUUCUGUCAGAACACUGCUUAAAAAAAAAUAAAUAAAUAAAUAAAUAAAUCUUGCCACCUCAGACCAGCCUCUUGAAGACUGUUAGCACAGGCCGGGUCAAAAAAGAAAGAAAAAAAAAAAAAAACUAAAGAUGGCCGAGCUCUAAUUUGGCAUUUAAAGGAACAUGUCUAUUCAUAAAAUAUUGAGAGCUGGUUCAUGGUCAUGCCAAACCACUUUGUUCCUUUUUCUUGAAGGAUGUUGCCCAUAGGUCCUUGGAAACAUUUUUCCCUUGGGUCCGGUGGUGGCUGCUCAACAAGUUGUGUAGCUCAUCCCGUGCCCCUGCUGGGUCAGUUUGUAUCUUGUCUAAGAUGAGGGCAUGAAAGUGAAAUGAAUAAGAUAAUUGGUCUCAUUUCUUUUCUAUGUUUUACCUCCUUUACCUACGUUUUCAAUUUUCUACCUCCUCCUUUACUUACGGGCAGUAAGAAGAGAGAACCAUCAUAAGUUGGAACAGUCAUGGGUCGCCGAGGGUUAUGUGAAUGGCCCCACGCAAUUCGUGACCAAGCACAGAUGCCAGUAGUCCCUUGCAUAGACAGUUUUGUUUAACUUUACCAGUUUCCAGCCGGCAUUAGAAGAUCUAAUGUUAAGACCUCAAGUUUGUUAGUUAUGAAAAAUAAAAUUUGUCAUGUUAGAUCUUGUCAUAGUAGUUGAGUCGCAGCUUUGCCUUAUCAGUUUCUUUAAUGCCUACGUUGGGAGGAAUCCAACAUAUUUUUACAUUUUACCAUUUGUGUAGAAUUUGUGAGGUGAAAAUUUAUUUGUUGUGCAACGAUAUUUGGGCAAUUUUUGAGGUGAAAAUUUUGUGCGCGCAACGAUAUUUUUUUGGAUCAUAAUUUUUAAGUUGUUAAAAGUUGAAUGUUUCUAUGAUGGUUAAUGUAUCAUCAGUAAUUUUAAUUGCUAUUGGUAUUUCAGUAACACUAUCUGUUAUAUUUGGUAAACAUUAAUGCUUAGACACCCCCCCCAAUAUCUUAAUAUGUAGCAUCUUUGUUGAAUGCACUUUCUCCAUAACUGCCUUUUGGUUAUGGACUUUGGUGUUUAUUGAUGAUUUUCACUUAAUUCUUUCUCAUUCCCCUCUCUAAUGUUUCCACAACCAUAUUCUUUGAUUCUGAUGGAACACUAGGUCGUCGGCAUAUAGUAGCACUCCAGCUCGCUGAAAGUUAAUCUCAUAUGUAAAGACCGAAGCGUUGUAUGUCCGGAAAAAUACAUUUUAUUAAAAGAUUUAUCAUAUUCCACUCCAUUGUAGCAUAUGCCAUUGCUAUAAUGUGAAUAGAUGUUGCUGAGUUUUGAUAGCCACCUACAUUGAGUUUAGUUUUACAAGUUGCAGAAUAGAACACUACCAUUAACAGCCCCCUUAAUUACUAAUUGGUGUUUUUUGUGAUUCCCUUUCUAAAGCUCUUGAUUUGAUAUAGAUUUAUUUUCAUGUUCUAUUUCUGUAGAUGUCUCGGUGAAAAACAAUGUACGUAUAACACUGGCACAAAUCAAAGCUGACAGUUGUUAAUUUGACUUUUUGUUUACAAUUCCACCUUCAGUAUUGAGGAGGCUUUUUUUCCAGUUAUCACUUUCGGGAUUGUAUGAUUAAGAUUUGUUACUGUCCUAAAAUGUUCAUUAAAUUUUUCAUCUUAUUAGGAACUGUAGGGAUAUAUACUAUACUCUGAUGUUUGUAAGUUUUCACAUGAAAGUUCUUCUUGGUAGUCUGAUUUAUAACCAAGUCUGGAAGCCAUAGAUGUUGGCUUGGUAGUCUGAUUUAUAACCAAGUCUGGAAGCCAUAGAUGUUAGGAAAUGUUGUCAUAUGACCUGCCUUUUAUGCUUGUUAGUGGCAGAAAUACUGUUUCAGGAUUUGAUACCAGGAAUGAGGUUGAAUCAAUUUCGUUUACUUCGCUAUACUAUGAAGCAUUCAAACUUAGGUUUUUGCAUACAUGUGAACCUACUUCCAGCAGUGAAUUGUAAUUAUUCCAUUAUUUUAGUUAUGUCAUUUGUAAAGCUGCAGUUUGUAUGGUUUAUCGCAAUGUGUGCUAUAUCCAUAGGAAACCGUAUGAGCACGUGAAUUAAUAAAGCAUCGUCAAAACAUUGUCCAUAUGUGCAGACAAAACAGAGCAAAGAUGAUGGGUCAUAUAUUAAAAUAAUUUGUAUUAUUUUCAUAGGUAUACAAACUAGAUCCAUUUAUAUAUUGGAGUAUCCAUGAAUGCAAAGUGGAAUCAGUCAUUUGAAACAUGGUAACAAGGUAGUUAAUUGGUGGAGAUAUGGGGUUGAUGCCAGAACUAACCAGUCACCCAUGCACUGCAACAAAUGAAUACCCUAUGCGUGGGCCCAAGCUGACACCAAGAAGAACAUCCAGGUAAUACUUGAGCUGUCACCAACUGAAGCCUCAUACUUUACAGAUAAAGCAUAGGUAUGUCGAAGAGCUCUGUUGAAUGGUCACUUGAAAGUAGGCAUCCUUCAGUAAAUGUAAAGGAUGUCUAUGUUCAAGUCCCCUUUUCUGAUGGAUUCUAGCAAUCCGUGUUGUUUUCAUCUUGUAUGGAGUCUGUAAACACUUAUUCCAGGGUAAGAGGUCAAUCACCAUCUCUAACUUCAAGUCACCUUCUACAAUGCCUUUCUGUCAUCAUUUCCACCUCUAUAGAAAGGCUCAGACAUGCGCAAAUCUGGAGAGUAUCAUUGUCUCCAAGACAGGAGAACAAACAUCCUUGAAUGGAAGCCUGCAACUAUCAAGAAGAGCAGCUACAAACCAAAGCUCUGCUUCCUGCUCCUGCCACAUGGCCCAAUGGUGAACAGGCAACCCCCUUACUUGGCAUUGCACCUGAGGGAGGACAACAAACGGGCUGAGAAGACCUCCUACUCUUGGAAGAAGAGAAGACCUCCUACUCUUAGAAGAAGAAAGGCUGGAUUUCUGAUGAGCAGGCUUUUUUGUUAACCCAGACACAGAGGCCUCUGCAAAACCCAGAUGUAUAGAUCAUGUUUUCAAACUCAAAGGUUUGAAAGCAGUAUUCCCAUGAAAUACUUCCCAAAGUUUGUCCACUGGUUGGCCAGGGAGGUAAGGACCUUACCUCCCAAUACCAGCAACCUCUUAAACAGUACCCAGCCCAUGAGACUAGAUGUCUGACACAGGAGUUCAUGAAUGUGUUUAACCUUGUUACUAAGUUUAUAACAGCCGAUUCCAGCUUGCGUGGAAGGAUACUCAUAAACAAAAGGUGAUGGUUGGCAUUUCCCUAGGAACAAACUUAUGACAAUAAACAACAGUUUUUACUUAAUUAGAUGUAUAAAAUAUACACCAAUAUAAAAAUAACUACAGAUGUAGACAUGCAUGUGCACUCCCUGUCAAGUAAGUGAAUUAGGAUUCAAAAUUUGUUAAGGCCUUGGUACAAAAGCUGUGGUACCGUAGUCACCACUUUUUGUAAAUCAACUAAAUAUUUGCUGUGGUUCUUAGGUGAAUCAACAGCGACAGGUUUUUUUGUUAAGAGUCUAAUGGUAGCAAGUUUAUGAAGAUGGUCAUUGUUCAUUGGAGUUUGUUAUGUUUGUCAUGAGUAAUGAUAAGUAUUGAUUUUUUAAGAUAAGGUAAUUUUGUAUUAUUGAUUUUUAAGGUUAAGAUUGUUUAGUUUCUUUAAAAAGAUUUGUAACUAUUGUUCCAUUGCAACUGGAAUGUUAAAACUGGUUAUUGCACUGUCCAGGAAAUGGUCUAAUUUUGUAAAUACAGUAUAUGUUCAGU